AUGGUCGAUGGAGAGACCUUGAAAUAUACCACAGGACCACCGGUUGAAAUUGAUAAGGCCACAAACCGACGCCUUUUUUGGAAGAUCAACCGCCGAAUCCUGGUUAUCCAGCUGGUCACAUAUUUCUGUCAAUCACUUGACAAAGGGACUUUGAAUUUCGCGUCUAUCAUGGGUAUCAAAAAGGACGCACAUCUGGUAGGACAGGAGUACCAAUGGCUCGGCACAAUCUUAUACAUCGGUAUUCUUUGUGGAGAAUGGCCUCAGAACUAUCUGCUCCAAAGACUUCCCCUGGCUAAGAUGUUGUCCGUAAACGUCUUCAUAUGGGGCGCUGUUGUCGCUUGCUCGGCUGCAUGUUCCAAUUUUGCAUCCCUCAUGGCGGUCCGAUUCUUGUUGGGUUUCUUCGAGAGUUGCAUCCAGCCGGCCAUGAUGCUAUUAACGUCAAUGUGGUACACUCGGGAGGAGCAAUCACUGCUAAAUUCUCUCUGGUACUGUAUGUCUGGGGUACAGCUGAUGGUUGGUGGACUCUUAGCUUUUGGCGUAUCACACUUUACCGAUGGACCGAUCAAGAACUGGCAACUUCUAUUCCUCGUACUGGGUCUUGCGACUUGUGUCUGGUCCUUUGCCAUUGGGUAUCUUCUUCCCGACAGUCCAAUGGCAGCUAAAUGCUAUUCGGAAGAUGAGAAGCGCUUGUUCAUUGAGCGUGUCCGGCACAACGAGACCGGUAUCAAGAACAAAGAGUACAAGAAGUAUCAGGUCAAGGAAGCCUUCACCGAUCCCUUUGUGUGGUGUUGUGUCGCGCUCAUCACAGUCGCAAACCUCAUUAUUGGUGGCCUUGGCGUAUUUUCAAACCUGAUCAUCCGCCAGUUUGGGUUUUCUCUAUUGCAAACCCAGCUCCUGAACAUCGCACAGGGAGCAUGGUUGAUUAUCGUGAUGAUAGGAUCUGCACAAGCUUGUCAACACUCGGGGCAAAACUGUCUGAUGAUGAUUCUCUGGACCCUGCCUGCAAUUGCCGGGACGAUAGUGAUCCUUAUCGUCAAGCCGAACCCAAAGAACUCUGGUGGCAUGCUCAUCGCUUUCUACUGCACACAGUUCUUUUGCGCGCAGGGCAAUAUGAUUAUCUCGCUCAUAACACGAAACAUCGCCGGACAGACCAAGAAAGGCAUGACUAUGACCCUAGUUUUCAUUGGGUGGUCUGUCGGCAAUCUCAUUGCGCCCCAGAUCUUCCAAGAGAAGGACGCACCGAGGUAUCUCCCUGGGUUUCUAGUACACAUUGGAAUUUAUGGGGUGUAUAUCGGGCUAGUCAUUGCCACACGCUUCGUCUUGAUGGCGAGGAAUCGUCGUAAGGAAAGUGUUGUGAGCGAAAUUUCCCACGAGCUUGCUUUUGAGGAUCUGACGGACACGGAAAACCCCAAUUUCCGUUACGUUUAUUAGGCUAGAAGCCUGAGAGAACACUGGUGAGGGGAAGUGGACGCUUGGUAGUGAGUGUGGUAGAGGAAG